UACAACCCGAAUCUCGUAGCUCGCGUACGCGUGCAUAUACCACCAGAUCUUGUGGAGAUCCCGGUUCCUCCUCUUUCUCCCUCCAUUUCAGAGGAAACGGGGCAUUUAAGGGUUCAACCUCCACCUCUCGUCCUUGCUGUAUUAUAUUUUUGAGGAAGAAGAGAGUUGGGGUUGUUCUUCGAGUCCACCAGCAGAGGAUUCCCGAGGCCAUGGACCCUCAAGGCUACGGUGACCUCACCGGGAGUGACGAUAACGAGAGGAAGAUGGUGGCCUCGUUGAGGACGCUCGUCGAGCGCCAAGACCCCGCUGCCAAGGAGGCAGACAACCUGAUGCUCAGAAGGUUUCUGCGUGCACGUGAUCUAGAUAUCGAGAAGGCUUCUGCUAUGUUCCUGAAAUACCUCAAGUGGAGACAAGGAGCUGUCCCAAAUGGUUUCAUCUCAGAGGCAGAAGUCCAAAAUGAGCUUAUUCAGAAGAAGCUUUUCUUGCAAGGAUUUGAUAAGAUGGGGCGCCCUAUAGUAGUUGGCUUUGCUGCUAGACACUACUACUCCAAGCGAGAUAUCGAUGAGUUUAAGCGUCUCAUAGUAUAUCUUCUCGACAACAUAUGUGCCAGAAUACCUAGCGGUCAGGAGAAGUUCAUUGCAAUUGUGGAUCUUCAAGGGUGGGGGUACUCCAACUGUGACAUUCGGGCAUAUCUUGCAGCUUUAGAUAUCAUGCAGAAUUACUACCCAGAGAGGCUUGGCAAAGCGUUUUUAAUCCAUGUACCUUAUAUGUUCAUGAAGGCAUGGAAGAUGUUAUUACCAUUUAUCGACAAAAACACCAAAAAGAAGUUUGUCUUUGUUGACGAUAAGAACCUGAAAGCAACACUACUGGAGGAUAUAGAUGAGAGCCAACUCCCAGAGAUAUAUGGUGGCAAGUUGCGGUUGGUUUCGAUUGGAGACUUGGAAGACUAGUUCAUUUUAGCCAACUUGUCAUUUCUAAUAGUUCUACUUACCAAACGAAAGCGGAUACUUUGUCAUAGGCAAAGCUUCCAUAAAGUAUGAUUCCACAGUAUGCUUAGAAUUUCUCAGGCCAUUCGCGAGUCAUGAAGGAAAAGGAGGUAGCAUACAAAAAGAGAUGAUACUGCCUCACUUCCCAUCCUGGGAAACCUUUAUGUGAUUUGGGCUGAAAUUUAAUUACCCCCCUUGCUCUGUUUUAUCUGGCACUUCGUAUCUACUAUCCAUCAUUAAGCAGGAUUAUCCAA